AUGCGCAACAUCGCACCCCUCGCAGUCGCAAUCGCCCGCCUCAAGGGGUCUCCAGCAAACCUCGCCGUCGACCCAGAGACAGCAGCAGCCUAUGUCGCAGUAGAGCGCAUAGACGAGGAGGGUGUCGAGAUUCACAUCCUCAGAGUGGACGGCCAGGAGGUCGAGGCAAUCGCAUCUUUCAACUCCCCUGUCCUUGCCCCCUUUUCAAAACCCUCCUACAUCGGCGAAACCCUUUCCCUGCACUACCUUGCCGAUGACCGUACUCUCAUUAUCCUCCUGGCCGGUGGUGAUAUCGCGAUUCUCGCCCUCGAAGGUCCCGAUGGGGCUCCUGCACCGGUCGAAGUCGUUGGCAGCGUAGACAGCGGAAUCAAGGCUGCCGCUUGGUCUCCGGACGAUGAGCAGAUCAUCAUCAUUACCGGCGAAGAUACCCUCAUGGCCAUGACCCGAACAUUCGACAUUAUCCACGAAGAGCCCCUCUGCUCUGAAGACUUUGGACAGGACAAGUUUAUCAACGUUGGAUGGGGGUCAAAGCAGACCCAGUUCCAUGGAUCGUUGGGCAAGUCUGCGGCCAAGCUGCCUAGUGGCGUUGCCCCAUCGUUGGCACAUGGCACAGAUCAUGGGUUGCCUACCAUCUCUUUCCGGGGAGAUGCGUCCUUCUUUGCUGUCUCGUCGCUAGACCCCUUCCCAUCCGAGCCAGGUCAAGAGCCCAGCGCCCGCCGACAGAUCCGCAUAUACUCUCGCGACGCCGCAUCUGGCUUUGCCCCCACCCUCUCAGCAACUUCCGAAUCCCUCCCCGGUCUCGAACCUGCCUUGUCAUGGCGGCCUAGCGGGAAUCUCAUAUCGACUUUGGUCAGAUAUGGAUAUUCCGGAGGCGGGGAAGGAAGAGAAGGAAGGUGGGACGUGGCCAUGAUCGAGAGGAAUGGUCUGAGGCAUGGAGGUUUCGAGCUGAGGGAAGACAGAAAGAGCUGGGGCAAUGGAAGAGUUAGAGGACUAAGCUGGAGUUCAGACUCGGAAGUGUUGGCAGUGUGGCUCGAAAGGGAAGACCGUGAUGUCUUGCAACUCUGGUCAAUGAAAAACUACCACUACUAUCUCAAACAAGAGCUAUUCUCCCACUCUUCCUCCUCCCCUCGAUUCCGAUCCUUCAAAUGGCACCCGGAAGACCCUCUAUCUCUCUACAUUCUAUGUGCCGACAGUAUUCAACACCGCACCUUCACUUGGGACACGUAUGUCUCGAGGUUGGGUAUGCCGAACGAUACGGCAUCGGUGGCGGUGGUGGAUGGCCAUAGGCUGUUGGUGACCCCGUUCAGGACACAAAACACCCCACCGCCCAUGAGCUCGUACCAGAUCCAGCUACCUUCGACGCCGGUGCAUGUCAGUGUAUCGGAUUGGGACGAUACAGCGUCUGCUGUAUUUUCCAAUGGAGAGGUCCUCACUUGGAAGCUCAACACUCGAUUGCCGGGUCCCAAGGGGUCAAAGUUGCGAGGGGGUCGCAAAGUCGCCGAGCCAGAGGUCGUGCUCCAGAAAAAGAUUGCAGAUGGACGGGUGGUCAGACUUGUCGCUACCGGGCCGAAUGGAAAGGUAGCCGUGCUCAGUCUCGCUGCGGGAGAAGAAGGCGGGAGGGUGAAUGUGUUUGGCGGAGAGGAGGAUGAAGAGCUGCAAGUCGAGAGUGGGGUCGAACGGGUAUUGUGGGCGCCUUCAGGAGAUAUCCUCGCGCUUGACGGGGAAAGCAGGCUGUUCAGCCUCGCGAGCGAAACCGGUAUCGACACUAUUCUCCCCUCUCAGCCAACCUCCAUCAUGCUCUCCAACGACCUCCUCUUUACACUCUCGCCAACUUCCAAGCUCCACUUCACCUCCCUCUCUCCAUCCGCCGAUCCCGAACCGAUUUCCAUCUCUUCACAACCCGUGACCUCCUUCACCCUCACAUCCUCGCACCUCAUCUACACCACCACAGCGCACUUUUGCCACUUUGCUCCUCUCCCUAUCCUCGAAAAGCUCACCCAAGGGGAAGAUGUCCCGGAACAAGAUAAACAGUGGGAGGAGAGACGGAUUGAGCGGGGAGCCAAGGUGGUCGUGGCGGCGGAGAGUGAAAUGAGCUUGGUGCUGCAGGCCAUGAGGGGUAAUCUGGAGACCAUUUACCCUAGAGCAAUGGUGUUACAGGUCGUAAGACGCAGUGUGCUUGGGGGCUCUUAUCGAGCAGCAUUCUUGACAUGUCGAAAGCACAGAUUAGAUGUCAACAUACUCUAUGACUUGGACCCCGCCAAAUUUAUGGGCAACCUUGAAGACUUUGUCAAACAGGUCCCUGAAGUUGAUUACCUCAACCUUUUCGUCUCAUCUUUAAAGUAUGUCCCUAUUCCACCAACCAACAAUAAAGUCAACGACAUUUGUGAUACCCUUCGCGGCUUGCUUGAAGCUCGCGGGGUUGAACAGUACGUGGAGACCAUCCUGACGACACAUGUGUGCAAGGUUCCGGCGGAUUACGAGGCUGGGUUGAGGGUGCUUUUGCAGUUGCAAGCAAACCAUCCUGAGAUUGUCGAAGACGCUAUCAAGUAUAUCAUCUUCCUGUCAGACGUCAACAAACUGUAUGACGUCGCUCUUGGAAUGUACAAUUUCCAGCUGGUCCUGAUGAUUGCUCAAUACUCUCAGAAGGACCCCAAGGAAUACUUGCCAUUCCUCAGAGAACUCAGGGCUCUCGACAAGUGGGACCAGAGAUUUAUGAUCGAUGAUCACCUCGCGAGACGAGAGAGUGCAUUGUCAAACUUGAAGCAGGCAGGCCCAGAAAAGUUCGAAGACGCCGCCAAUUAUCUUGCCAAAUACGAGCUUUACGACAGCGCCUUCAAGCUCUACAAGAACGAGCCAGAACAUUUAACAAUCAUUCAUGACCUCCAUGGCGAUUACCUCUAUGACCGUCGAGAGUUCACUGAUGCUGCCCUUGGCGAGUAUUACACCCCCUAUUUGCUGGCGGACAAGCCUACAAAGGCUCUCAAAGCGUAUGAACGUGCUCACGCUUGGCGCGAACUAUUCUCGCUGGCAAAGAAGGAGGGUGUAUCGGAAGAGGCCCGGAAGGACCUGGUCGAGAGAGUUACAGAUUACCUUGCUUCGAGAGGGCGUCACCUGGAAGCUUCCCAGGUAUUCGUCGAGUACACUCAAGAUGUGGACAGUGCUGUCGACACUUGUUGCCGCGGCGCCGAGUUCUCUGAGGCUUACAGGCUCGUUUCUCACCAUGACCGUUCGGACCUGAUCGAGGCUAUGAUUGCCCCUGGCCUGGAAGAGGCCCAAGAAACCUUGAUCGAGGUGUUCGAGGAGAUGGAGGGUCAAUUGGACAAGGAAGUCAAGAGGCUCAACGAGCUGAAUGGCAUCCGUCAGAAAGAUCCCGACUCCUUUUACAUUGUCGAACGCGAACUUGACCUCGAGGGUGUUGAUGUGGCCACAAAUGCCACAACAGCUACCGGCAUUUCUCAAUUUACACGCUACACCGUCGCGCCUUCCACCAUGUCUCAUCUCACCCGAUUCACCGGCCAGACGGGCGUCACCUCGGCGACGUCAAAGAAGAAGGUAAAGAAGAGGGCUACCGGUAGGAGGGGAACAGUGGACGAGUGGGAGUAUCUUGUGAUGAGCUUGGGGAGAUUGGGGACGAGAGUGGAGGAGAAGAGUGGGGAGGCAGUAGGGUUAUUGAGACACCUGGUCCUGGCGUCCGACGAUCAUAGAGCCCUAGCAGAGUCGUUGCAGUCGACCAUCAAGGCUUUCAGGGUCAAGUUGGUGAAUGGGAUAGACAUGGCAUGGGAGGAUCGAGAGACUGUACUGAGGGAGGUCUUGGAGAGUGGCGGAAGCGGGCUCGAGGGUGGUUUGGAAAAGAGCAUGGGAGAGGUCAAGCCGAAAGUCGCUGAAUGGAAGGGGCUGGGGUUACUACUUGGCGCGUAA